AUGCUCCUCUUCGCCGCGCCCGACUGGCCGGUCGGCCCGGGGGUGCCGUUCGUCCUCCUGAUCGCCCUCGCGCUCGACGCGCUUAUCGGCGACCCGCGCUGGCUCCCGCACCCCAUCCGCCUGAUGGGUUGGCUCACCGGUCUCCUCGAUCGCACACUCAAUCGGGAGCGCCACGGCGCGGUCAUCCGUGUUGCGUUCGGCGCGGUCGCGGUGCUGCUGGUCGCGGGUGUGAGCGCCGCCGCCGGCUGGCUCAUCGCCGACCAAGCGUCCGCUCUCGGUUGGGGCUGGCUCGCCGAGCUCGCGUUGGUGACGAUGCUGCUCGCGCAGCGCACCAUGGCCGAUCACAUGGUGCGGGUGGCGCGCGCGCUCGAUACCGGGGCAGACCCCGCGCGCGCGGCGGUGCGCCAUAUCGUCGGCCGCGACGUGCGCGCCCUCGAUGAGUACGGCAUCGCCCGCGCGGCGAUCGAGAGCGGCGCCGAGAACUAUUCCGACGGCGUGGUCGCGCCGGCCUUCUGGUAUCUGCUGCUCGGCUUGCCGGGGCUGCUCGCCUACAAGGCGAUCAACACGAUGGACAGCAUGAUCGGCCACCGCUCGCCCCGCCACCACUCGCCAAACGCCGGCUGGCCGGAGGCCGCGAUGGCCGGCGCGCUCGGCCUCGCCCUGCUGGGCCCCCGCCACUACGAGGGCGAAGCGGCGGCCGACGAGGCUGGCUCGGCGACGGCCGCAAACGACGCGACGGCGGAUGACGUGCGGCGCACGGUCUGGGUCUUCGCGGCGGCCUGCGCGCUGGUGGCGGUGCUCACCGCCGCCAUCGCUGCCGGGACGGCGCUCAGCGGGUCGUAG